CGACAAACAUCAGGGAGUUGGUGUGCUCGUCACUCGUCAGUUGUAAAGCCCGCAAAAGUUCAGUGCUUUUCCUCCAUCAUUGCUGAAAAAUCUGUGGAAAUUCUUGUGUGUAUUGCCGGCAGCCGGAAAACUCUGAAUCGUUUUCUCUUGAGUUCAUUCGCUGGUUGCGCUCUAUAAAGUGUUUUUGUGGAAGGGCAUUGUUUAAAGCUGACAAUAAUCGCAACUUGGUUUACUGGCUUCGUUCAGUCGGAUUCGGAAGACGGCUUCCACGAGAAUCUUUUGUUCUGCACUUUUUUGAAAGUUCAACGGUCAUCGGACAAGUAUUUUUUGUUUUCCCCCGAUGACCCAGGCUUCGAAAUUGGUUUUCCGGAAAACCAUUAACAUUUACCAUUCUUGUUACUUUAGCCGUUGAUUUAUUUUUCUAACCGUUUAUUCCGGGCUGUCAAUUUUAAAUUUAUUGCAAGAAGCGACUUGUAAGAAAAAGAAGAAAACAGUGUUUAGUGUCGCGAAAAAUUUAAGGACGGUAGGAAGGAGUAGCAGCAAAUAACAAGAUCCCUUCCAACUGGAGUUCGUUUUGGCUAUCAAUUAACGCCUUUGCGGUAGUUUAUCUCGAUUGUUGUUUCCGAAUAUCUACCGGAACUGGCACUGAGUGUGUUAAAAACAAACAGCCUAGGAUGAGUUCGAUCAAGCCCGACGAUAAAGCAUCCGAUAUUCCGGAGAAGCUGUACGAUGCCACCGCUAGAAGGACCUACAAAAGGUUACGAUUUUUCGGCAAGGGAGGAUUCGCAAAAUGCUACGAAAUCAUGGACGUUGUCACAGGAGAAGUGUAUGCGGGCAAGAUUGUUUCGAAGAAGCUAAUGAUGAAGCAUAACCAGAAGGAAAAGAUGACUCAGGAAAUCACGAUUCAUAAAUCGUUGAACCAUCGGAACAUUGUGGGCUUCCAUAGCUUUUUCGACGAUCCGCUCAACAUAUACAUAGUUCUGGAAUUAUGCAAAAAGCGGUCAAUGAUGGAACUUCAUAAACGGCGGAAAAUUAUCACCGAUUACGAGUGCCGCUACUACAUUCACCAAGUGCUUACCGGCGUGAAAUAUUUGCACGAUAAACAUAUCAUCCAUCGUGAUUUAAAACUGGGAAAUCUGUUCUUGAACGAUGAACUUCACGUGAAAAUUGGUGAUUUUGGUCUGGCCACCAAGAUAGAGUUCGAAGGGGAACGAAAGAAGACCCUUUGCGGCACGCCGAACUACAUUGCUCCAGAGAUUCUCAACAAGAAAGGCCACAGCUACGAGGUGGACGUUUGGUCUAUAGGAUGCGUGAUGUACACUUUACUCGUGGGGCAGCCGCCAUUCGAAACGAAAAGUCUGAAAGAUACUUACACAAAGAUUAGGAAAUGUGAUUACCGACUCCCUUCCACGAUUCGUACCAAUGCGGCCGAAAUGAUUUGCUCAAUGCUCCAAUCGGAUCCCCACAAACGUCCCAACGUGACGUCACUGUUUGAUUAUGAAUUUAUGUGCUGCGCUCACAUUCCCAAUUCGCUCCCGAUCUCUUGUCUCACGAUGGCUCCUCGUGCUGACCAGUUGGAGAACGCCGAUCGCAUGGGUAGGAAACCACUUUCAGAAGUUAACGAUGACACCCGCUUAGAAUCGUCCUUCCUCAAAAACAACCUUCACGAUGCCAUCACGGCUUCGGGCACCAUGUCUCGACACAACGAAGGCUAUCGGACUGACAUCGAUAAUCUAUACAAGCAAUUAAGCAACCUGAUCGCAUCCAAGCCUCCGAAACUGGUAGCAAAUCUAGACGAUGAAAACACCGAUCCGGCAGUGCAGCCACUCUUCUGGGUCUCAAAAUGGGUUGACUACAGCGACAAGUACGGCUUCGGCUAUCAGCUCUGUGAUGAGGGCAUGGGAGUCAUGUUCAAUGACACAACAAAGUUGAUCAUGCUCGCCAACGGACUCAAUGUACACUUUAUCGACAAGGAAGGCGUCGAGACGUACAUGGAUAUUCACAGCUAUCCAUCUCAGAUGGAGAAAAAGAUGAAGUUAUUGUCGUACUUCAAGCGGUACAUGACAGAACAUCUGGUGAAGGCCGGUGCGGGAGCAGUUAACAUAGAGAGUGAUCAAAUUUCCCGUAUUCCCCAUCUGCACACGUGGUUCCGCACAAUGUGCGCGGUCGUGAUGCAUUUGACCAAUGGAACCGUGCAGCUCAACUUCUCCGAUCAUCAAAAGAUCAUCCUGUGCCCACUGAUGCGAGCCGUGACGCUGAUGGACAACAACAAGAAUUUCCGGACGUACCGCUUUUCCACGAUCCAGGAGCAGGGCUGUUCGAGCGAUCUGUACCAGAAAAUCCGAUACGCCCACGAGAAGCUCAAGAAACUGCUGGAGAAGCUGGCGUGAGACAACUGAAUCACAUUCCCACUGAUAGUAGUACACUAGCGGAACUUACUUGCCGUCUGUAUUUUCUUGUUGACAAAGCAAUUCAUAGAAACAUGUGUGGAUUGGUUGACUUCGCGAGCUACAAGUUUGUUUCCCUUUUUUAAAUGGACGACAUUAUUUUUAGUAUCUUGUUUCUUUGUAUAAGGUAAGGUUAUUUACGUUUCCUUAGAAAUAUACGAAUCGAUUCAAAGUAAGCAGCACGUAAACAAGCACUACUUAAAACAUGCAAUUUUGUUUUAUUGAGGGCGAUCAAAGUUUCCAGUAUUCGAAAGUGAAGAUCAUUUAUAUUAAAUCUGGAGAAGUCUGUGCCUUAAAUUUAUAACGGCAUCGGUUAGAGAAGAUACUAACCCGCGAUUAGCUAAACGAUCGAAUACUUAGAAACCUAGCAAAGAAGCAGCGUACAUUGCUAUGUAGUAGGUACAAACAAUUUCGAUGUGAAGGGAAGCGAAAGUCUCCAUAUGAAGUGAACUCUGAGUACAGAGCAAAUUGCUACGGUUAGAAUCUUCAGGCCGAUAAUUUUAAUGUUGUAGAUAUAAUAGAAUAAACAAGCGUUUUAAGGAUA